CUGUUAAGAUGAUAUUGUUAUGCUGAGUCUCAAUGGUUUAUAGUGGUGGCGAGUGAAGGGAAGGGAAGGGAAGGGACGGAGGAGGGCAGAGGGGAGAGGGCAGAGGGGAGAGGGCAGAGGGCAGAGGGCAGGUACGGGUAGUGAACUGGGAGAGAGGCAGGAACGGGUAAUGGAAGAGGGGCGGUCAAUCGGUGCUCAAUCGGUCCAAUUACAUACUUUUGACACUUUGAUCUCCCCCUUGAUUGGUCCAUCAUCUCGACUCUCUAUGGUAUGGUGUAUGGUGAAGAUGACUUAUUGCAGUAGACAGACGAUGCCUCACAGUAAAUAUUGUAUGUAUGCAACCUCUCACACGACCACCCUGCAGUACGCCUACAAUAGACUACAUACGAUAGACUACACCAUGUAUGUAUGUACUAUGUAUACAAUGCAUAUCCAGCCAGAGACAUGUGGAGUGCAUUCUCGUAGCCCUCAUGCCAUGCCCUGUCUCCCCUCGUCUAUCUGUCGUACCACCAUCGUUUUAUCCACCUCGUGUCCAUCAACAACCGUCCCUCCUUCCCUGGUAUCCAUCCAUGCAUGUCUGAAGACUUUGAACGAUAAUGGUACAUCCAUCCAUCCAUCCAUCCAUCCAUCCAAGUGUGGAAUUGCUUCUGGCUCAGCAGCUGCGCCCAUAAGGAAUGGAAUUACACACCAGUUACACAUGCGGAGUACUCCGCACGCAUACAUGGCAUCUACGCAGUACGCAUCAAUGGAACCUGACUCGAUCUCAUCCUCGUAAUUAGUACUGCGUAUGCUUUCCUCAGCCUCUUCACCUCCACCUUACGAGAACGACAAGCACCCAGAACGGAACAGAACCCAGAAGCUUUUGCAUUACCCACAAUUUUCCUUUCCCAAUGACGCGCCCGAGGCACCAUCAAUAAUACGAUCCCGAUACGAUACGACACGAUCCCACCACCCAACUACUGUGUAGAUGUUCCCCCAAUCUUCAUCGCCCAUCACAGGUAAUACUGAAUGCAAUGCAAUACCU